GGAAAAUCAAAUAGAAAGAGAUAAAACAAUUAAAACUGAAGCGCUUGGAACGAAAAUCAAAGUGACUGACGGCGACUAAGAGGGGAGGGAUGCUGAAUUCACGAUGGUGGUGAUUCCGCGUGAGAGAGCUUUGAUUUCGAAGGUGAUGAACAUUGGGGAUGUUUUCAGCGGCAGCGACAACCUUCUCGGACGGGGUUUUCGCAGUGGUUGUAUGUAACGGCGAAGCCAGCGCAAAGGAUGUUUCAAGGCUUCAGCAGAUCAGAGAGUGCAUUCGUACCAUAGAAAAGUCCAAACUUAAAGAAGAUAUCCAAGCCCAUAGGCAAAGGAAACUACUAAUGAGACAUGAUCGUCAAACAUAUUUGGACGAAGCUGCUUUACGGGAAACAGAAAUUUUGCAAGAACUUGAUAGGGAGAGAGUGGCUGAAAUGGAGAAAGAGAUGGAAAGACAAAAGUUAUUAGAAAUAGAACGUCCUAAAACCAGGGAACUGCGUUACAAUCUUGAUAUGGAGAAAGAGAAACAAGUACAGUUCUAGGUGUUGCACUACUAACUAGUACAAGCUUGGCUCAUUGAGACUUGCUAAACUUGUUCAAAUGCUAGUAUGGUACUAGUCAAACUGCAGUUCCAUGCAUAAUUGAACCAAGGAGUUCCUGGUAAAAAUUUGUGGCAAUUGAUCAUUCAAGUUACAAAACAUAUUCACAAUUUCUAAGCUUGAAUAACUGCUUUUUAAAUUGCUUCAGAGAGUUUAUUAUAAAUUUAUAAUCAGUAAUAACAAACAAUCUCCUUCGGAGAGACAAGAUAGAUGCAUUUUUCAUAGAUCCGGUGUCAUUUGAAAAGAGUGAAAGAUUUCUAAAUCACUCAAAGAGUUCCUUAGCAUGAUCGAAUAUAUAAAACGUGAUUUUCAAUUUUCUAUAGGAAUCUAGGGAAAUGGGAAAAAAUUCAAAUAAAAUUUUAAUUAUUAACUGCAAAUGUGCGGUCCCAAAAGUGGAUGUUUUUUAGAAUAGAAGAUACUUUCCAACAAUUUUAAUAGAGAAUAGAAUGAUCGACUUAAAAAUGAGUGCUGCCAUUGCUUGACCAAAAAUGCUGAAGUAAAACAAAGCUAGAUGAUACUACUUUAAGCCACAUAGAAGAUAAUUUGUAUCAAUAUCUCAACAGCACGUAGAAGUGGGCACCUGAUGUGCAAUAAACCGAGUGGGUUGCUCUAUAUAUAAAUUCCCACAAAAUUAUAAUGAGAGGGAUUUGUUGAUGUCAAGUUAAUGAAGAGACCAGUGACAUGUAGUAAUGAUAGCAACAAUUUGUAUGGUAGGUGUUUGAUGAAUUAAUUUAGUUAAUAAGAUUGUGUAAUUGAUGUGUUAGUAGUAGUUGGUUUAUGUUUGUUUCAAGGGAAAUUUGAAACCGAUGGCUUGAUUUAACGUUUGCAUUAGAGGACAUAUGGAAUGUGAACAUUGCUGAAGAGAUGAAAGAUUCCCCUACAUUCUCAGAUGGUGUUUGUUGAAAUGUGUCUAUAGAUGAAGUGCCAAAAGAAGGAUUGUGAAUACAAGAUGGACUUGUUAGAAUUGAAGUUCUGCUAUUGAUAAGGGAAAGAGACUCCAGUAUGUGUUCAUUUGAGAUGUAAGCUCGCUUGGUGAAGAAUAUAAUAUAUAAAUGAUGAGGAAAUUUCUAUCAAUGUGCUAUUUCAUUGGCAUGGUCAUUAGGAACUUUUAGAGACCUUAUGACCAAAAUUGUCUAAAAAAAUAAUACACAUUUAGUGUAGUACAUAACUUGGUUUCUUUGUCAAUUGGUGAUUUCUUAAUUUAGUUUUUUUUCCCAACUAUAAUCUGAUCUGUAGAGGUUAAAUGAAAAUUAAAUGAAAAUAAUUCUUCUCAUUUGUGGGAGGUUAUUAAAAAUAAUAAUA